AUUAGAUUUUUCUGAAAUAUUGGCCAACACGUUGAAGCGGAGGCAUAAUGGAUGAGGGGGCUCAGUACUCCAUACGGUCGGUGUGCCGCAUUUGUCUGCGGCACCUGCAGAAGGAUGCCGCCUUUGAUUUGUUCCUGGUGCCAGGUCUGGCCAAGAAACUGUGCGUCUGCACUCCGCUGUCCGUGGAGCAGCAGGAUGGCUUUCCCAAUAAUCUGUGCACCAGCUGUUACACCAGGCUGAACGAGACCCACGAGUUCCAGAAGCUGUGCAUGGAGUCGGUGCAGAAGUUCCAGGACAUGGUGGCCAAUAAUGUCUUCUGCGUCGUCUCCACGGGCUCGCAGAUCAAGAAUUUUGAUGUUCUAAAUGUGGCUGGACAUGAGGGGGAACUGGUGGGGGAGGACGAUGAUCGUAUCAACUUUGAUCCCCUGUUGGACCACAAAAUGGAGCUGAUCGAGAACGAGGAGGAUGUCUUCAAGAUGCUGGAGCAUGUGGACAAGGAGGCCGAGGAUGCGGAGAAGGAGGUCAAGCAGGUCGCUGGUCACGAUCGUUUGAUGAGCCCAUUUCCCGACGACUUCUCAUCGGAGAGCGACACCGAAAUCGAUGAAGACGUGGACUUUGAGCCCAACAGCAGCGAUGGCGAUGACGAUGUGCCCCUGUCCCAGCGCCUGAGAGCGACUCCCCGCCAAGCGUCCAAGGCCAAAUCGAAGAAAUCGAACACUACAGACAUCAAGGAAGAGGAGGAGUUCUUGUCGGCAUCGGAAGCUGACGAAGACGGCGACGGCUCGAGGUCCAAGCGUAGAAGGAUUCCACCCAACGAACGACCCCUGCAUCGCAUCAUCGACUGCCACAUCUGCCACCAGAAAUUCAAGAAAGCCAUCCGCUACGAGGAGCACAUGAAGCACCACAACGAUCUUCUGCCCUUCCAGUGCAAGGUGGAAACCUGCAGGAAAGGUUUCACAACGGCAGGCGGACUGCGCCUCCACAUAGACCAUGCCCACACCGAACUGUCGGAGGUGCACUCGUGCAGCGUCGAUGGCUGUGGGAAGAGCUUCCCGCGCAUCAGGCUGCUCACGUUCCACAUGAAGAAGGUGCACAACAUAGCAAAGUCAGCGGCCCCGCCACGCGACUAUCCCUGCACGGAGUGCGAGAAGAUAUUCCGCUGUCCCAUGGCCCUCAAGAAGCACAUGUACAAGCACGACGGCAAGGAGCUGCCGUUCCCCUGCAACAUCUGCGGCAAGCGGUUCGUAAUCAACAGCGCCCUCAAGGAUCACCUGAUGCGACAUGCGGGCAUCAAGAACUACGUCUGCCCGUACUGCGGUGUGGGCAAGACGACGCGCCAGGAGUGGAACACCCACAUACUGACGCACACCCAGGAGAAGAAGUUCAAGUGCCAUAUAUGCGAGCAUGCCUCCCACAACAAGCAGAGUCUGGCCAAUCACAUCAAGAUCGUACACGAGAAGAUCAAGAACUAUGCCUGCCAGUACUGUGGGAAGACGUUCGGCAAGUCGCAUGCCUGCAAGAUCCACGAGAUGACCCACACGGGAGAGAAGCGCUGCGAGUGCAAGGUCUGUGGCAAGAAGUUCCUCUAUCCAAAGAGUCUGACGAAGCAUUUGAAGACACACGAGAAGCGGGUUCUACGUGCCAUUGAGACGUAUCGCCAGAGGCAGGUGGAAAUGGGCGAGGCAGUACUCGGAGAACCGGUGGACAAUCCCGCAGAUGUCAUGGGAGUGGCAUCCGCAAUUGGCAUCGAAACGAGUGCGGGAGGAGAGCCAGCGAUGUCCCAGAAUGCCGCCGAUGAGCUGCUCAAAGUUUGUGCUGAAUCUGUGGCCACCAUACCCAAGGAUCCGCGUCGUGUACAACGAGUAGACAUAUCCCAGCUGGCGGGCACUGCUGUCAAUCCCAUUUCGUCGGUGUCGGUGCCGUCGUGGUCCCCGCAGGAAGUGAACUUCACCAAGAAGGAGGGCAAGCACGUUUGCCCAGGCUGUGGCCAGGGAUUCAACAACAUUGGCAACAUGAAGCGGCACUACAAGAUCAUCCACGAGAAGGUCAAGGACUUUGCCUGUCGCUUCUGUCCCAAGCGAUUUGCGAAGGCCCAGACACUGCGCCACCACGAAUGGAUCCACACGGGGGAGAAGCCGUUUGAGUGCAAGACCUGCGGCACUCAUUUCCGCCAGGAGACGGCGCUCAAGCGGCAUCAGCGUACCCACGAGAACCGUCCGCCUGUCAUCUCCUCGAAGUUCUAUGCGGCCCGAGAGGAGCUGGAGGAGCAGGAGCGUAGCAAAAGGGAGGCCAAGCGCAAGGCGGAGGCGAAGCGUAAGGAGAUCGCCGAGGCGGCCAAGCAACAGCUUUCGUCGCUGCACAAGCUCGAGACGACCGACAGGAAUCUGCAAUCGUACGACGAGUACCAGGAGGCUGCCGCUGAGCGGGCAGCUGCCUCUGCCGAGCUGCAGGCGCAGCAGUUCGAGGAGAACGAGGUGAAGCGGCGGGCAGACGAGGAGCGGCGCAAGAUUCAGGAGGCUGCCUACGAGCAGCUGCAAAGACUGCAGCACCAGCAGGAGAUCGACAAGGUGCAAACCUCCUACGAUGCCUACUACGCGCAAAAGGCCCAAGCGGAUGGCACCGGCCUGAAGAUCGAUCAUGUGUGAGCUGCGGAUGCGGGAGAUCAACGUUAAACGU